AUGCCAAGUUUGCAAUCAGAAACAAAAUACAAUUGUCCUAAAUAUCGUGUAUAUGAUAUUUCAAAAGCAAAAGUCAGAGGUACUGGUGAUAUAUCGUCAGUAUUCACUUCUUUUGAAAAUUCUGGUAAAGUAGGACUUCCACAAGAGUAUGCCGAAGUCAAGAAAAACCUAAUUAAAAAUAAAGAAGCAUUAACUGCAAGCUGGUAUAGAUUGAAGACGGCUUUAGCUGAUGGAAUCAAAGAAAUAAAAGAAGCUGGUCCUGAAAUCAUACCACAAGUCCUGUACAACGAAUUAGGGAAUUUAACUGAAGAACAAACACAAGAGAUUAGAAGACGUGGCUCGUUGAUUAUCAAAAAUGUCAUUCCAAAGGAAGAAGCCAUUCAAUUAAAAAAGGACGUGAUCGAUUAUAUUGAUGCUAAUCCAAACACAACAGGUUUUCCCAAAGAUAAAAAAGUUGUUUAUGAACUAUAUUGGUCUAAAUCACAAGUCAGAGCAAGAUCACACCCUCAUGUAAAUACUGUUAUGUCAUAUAUGAAUAAUUUGUGGCAUGCUUCACCUGAUAGUGAGAUAUGCUUUGAUCAGAAUAUAUCGUAUGCUGAUCGUUUACGUAUCAGGAAUGCAGGCGAUGGUCUCUUCUCGCUUGGACCUCAUGCAGAUGGCGGCUCGUUAGAAAGAUGGGAAGACGAAGAAUACAGUAAUUGCUAUACCCCAAUAUUUGAAGGAAAUUGGGAAAACUUUGAUCCAUACGAUGCAACCCACAGAAUUGAGGCUAACAUGGAUUUACAUGAAUCAAGAGGAACAUGCAGUAUGUUUAGAACAUUCCAAGGAUGGUUAGCAGUUUCUGACAUUGCUCCAAAGGAGGGUACUAUCCUCUUUGCACCUCUUGUGAAAGAAGUUACAGCGUAUUAUAUGUUAAAGCCAUUUUUUGAUGAAAAUGAUGAACUAAAACUUGAUUCAGAUAUUCCAGGAGCAUCUCCUGGUAAGGGCUUGGAAUUUAAUAAUAAAACUCACCCUGAAAUGGAUCUUGAUAAUUUAAUGGUUCUGGUUCCUAGAGUGGAACCAGGUGAUAUGGUAUUCUGGCAUUGUGAUUUAGUUCAUGCCGUUGAUCCCGUGCAUAUAGGAAAACAUGAUUCUUCUGUAUUCUACAUUCCUUCAGUUCCAUUAUGUGGGAUUAAUGUAGAAUAUGCAUUUUUACAGAGAGAAGCAUUCUUGAAAGGAUUAGCAGGUCCCGAUUUUCCUGGAUUCCCACAUGGUGUUGCUGAAACACAACAUAUUAAUCGUGGAACUCCUAAAGAUGUGAUUGAAACGGGGGGAAAACCAGCGAUGCAAGAAUUUGUUUUAGAUAAAUUUGAGGAAAAAUCAGAAUAUACG